GCUUACGUGCAUAAGAGCGUGAUGGAGGAGCUGAAAAGGAUAAUCGAUGACAGUGAAAUCACCAAAGAAGAUGAUGCUCUAUGGCCUCCUCCUGACAGAGUCGGUCGACAGGAGCUUGAAAUAGUAAUUGGUGAUGAGCACAUCUCCUUUACUACGUCAAAAAUCGGUUCACUCAUUGAUGUAAAUCAAUCCAAGGAUCCAGAAGGCUUGAGAGUGUUCUACUACCUGGUCCAGGACCUUAAGUGUCUAGUGUUCAGUCUUAUUGGACUACACUUCAAGAUUAAGCCAAUUUAAAUCAAACAAACUGAAGUUUGUAUUACAGUAUCGGGGUGGGGGGGCGGGGAGGAAUACUGUUUCAAUUCCUUGCUAUUUCUGGCCUGAAGCUUUUAUGUAUGUUAGAAUGUUUUUUUUUACAAACUGUCAGUGACCGUCUUAAUAAAAUGGUGAGAUCUGUAUUUUUAAUUU